AUGUUACUACGUCCUCUGGCGGCACUCGUCUCUCUGUGUUCUCUGCUCUCUCUCGCUACAGCAGUGUCAGUUGACCUCACCAAACGCUCUCUCACAGAAACGUCCAUUGACCUCUCCAAACGCUCCACCGCCUGCAACAACUCGCCCGAUCUCUGUUCCAAAUCCUACAACAACAUCGUCCACCUCGGAGCCCACGACUCGCCCUUCGUCCGCGAUGCCUCGACCGGGUUUUCCACGUCCGGCAACCAAUACUACAACUCGUCGGUGCAGUUGUCGGCAGGAGUCCGGCUGUUGUCUGCUCAAGUCCACAAGACCAAUGGGCAAUGGCACCUGUGCCACUCGUCCUGCGAUCUGCUGGAUGCCGGCUUACUGUCGGACUGGUUGAAAGAGGUCAAGGAGUGGCUGGACAAGAAUGCCGAUGAAGUCGUGACCCUCCUGCUGGUCAAUUCCGACAAUGCCACCCCGUCCGAACUGGCCCAGCAAUUCUCCGCCGCCUCCAUCACGGAUUACGCGUACACGCCUUCAUCCGUCACUUCGCCGCCGGAGACCUGGCCGACAUUACAGGAACUCAUCUCCGCCGGCACGAGACUGCUGACUUUCGUGGCCUCACUCAACACGAGCACCGUCACAUCGAGCGAAUCCUAUCUCAUGGACGAAUUCACCUUUGUGUUCGAGAACCCCUUCGACAACACCAACGUCACCGACUUCACCUGCACCCCGGACCGCCCCACCUCGGUCAAGGGAAACUCGCAGGCUGCCAUCUCGUCGAACCGCAUGGCGCUGACGAACCACUUCUUGUACAAAGAGGGCCUGUUCGACAUCGAGACCCCCAACACCGACCAGAUCAACACCACCAAUUCCGCCGGCAACUCGGUUGGCAAUCUCGGCUACGCGUUGAGCACCUGUAAGACGGAAUACGGCAAGUCCUCGACCUUUGUGCUCGUCGACUUCUUCGACCAAGGCCCCGCCAUUGAUGCGGUUGAUGCCAUGAAUGGUGUUUCCGACCCGGUCGGCCGCACGGCGCCUCCAGCCCGAGACACGAGCGAGGAUCUGGAUAACCAGAGUCUGAGCAAGUCGUCGUUUCAAGGGGUUAUGGAUCUCGUCAAUCAGGUCAAAGAAGGAGAGACCCCCAAGCUCGGCGCUUGGAUCUGGGCCGCGGGGAAGUGGACGUUGGGAGGCAUCAAUUUGAGCGGAGGGAGUAUCGUGUCAUGA